AUGAAACUUUUGACUAUUCAUUACAUUUCAAGGAAGCAACCGUUGGAUAUCCCAACACCAGUAACACAAUUAAACUAUUUUAUAUUCAUUAAGAGGCAGGGGGAGAUGGCGUGCCUUAGCAUAGGUAUCAAGUUGUCCUUUGUGUUUUGGACUUGUAGAGGCAACGCAGGCUGCCUACUAACGGGACCCGAUUUCAUCAAUGGCCUGCUGUCGUAUGCAGGUGCAAUGCGGCUCUUCCUACUUGAUCUCGAUGCUGAUGGGACUCCUAAAGUUCCAAAGAACGUGUUCUACAAACAUUUCGAAAUGGAACCUGCUAACUGGUCACCUUUCACCUCUUGCACUGUAAUACAUGCUACCGAUUUCCCGGAUCCAAUGGAUAAGAAGAAGAAGACGAGAAAACUUUUCGUGAAUAAAUUUCCUGAUGAUAAUUCGAAGUUGCGAAAAGAAAUAUGUGCUAUUUGGGGAACGCAAAAGUUACACAAGAGGCCAAAGAGAUGGCGAGAAACUACCUCCUGAUAGAAGGGACGUUAAUUUCACUAGGAGUCAAAAGAUCGAGCUAGGAACCAUCUUGUUCUUGAGUGUACUCAGAAAUAGCGAAGACGUAAUGACGCAAUCUGCAAUGAGUACCACAACGCUGUACUUCCUCUUUUUAAAACGUCAUUAAGAAAAUGUACUUGAUAAAAUUGUAAAGUCAAUAACAAUAUGAUAUAAUUUUUAUCUGAGUUAUGAAAGGCAAAAUAUGAUCCUUGCCAUUCUCGAUUAAUUUAGUAAAAGGGUUUCUCGCU